UUAUCCUAUAAAGUCAGUUCCUAAUUUAUCCAUCGAAAAGACAAAUGCCUCUAUCAUGUUGAGGCAUUAUCUAAAUGACUCUUCCACAUCAAGUAGGAGUCCAGAAGUGUAGAAUUCAAAGAGUAGCGAUGGCACCGAUCACAAAAGAACAUGCAUAUUGAUAACUUUAAACAUACUUGGAGUGAUCGCAUGUGUUUUUACCACGAUCAUACUAGUUUUGUGGGCUCUCAAAGUCAUCUUCCCAGAACCAAAUAUAUCUCCACUGUUGGUAGAGUUCUUGGAAAGUACUCUCUACAAGAAACAAUCAAUUUCAGUGAAUCAUUUGAACAAUAUGGAAAUGGCUUUCUAAGGUCACGAAUCCACUCCAGGCUACGAAGACUCCUCCGAGGAAUCCUCCACAGCCAGUUCUGCCGGGAACCACUCUGGACUAAUCCGGGAUAUCUUCAACUUAUCCAUUUUAACCAUAUCGGUGUGCGCGUUUAUAAUAGCCGCGUUUGCGUUUUUCGUUAACGUUUACUAAGUUAGUUUCCCGUGCAGUGACAAAACCAGUGAUGCUUCGUUAUCACUAAGGACUACUUUUCAGCCGCCGUCAACGUGUUUUACAAUAGAAAAAAGAAAAAAUACUAAAUAAAAUAACAAUAGCGUAUUUGCUGCACUAUAAAUUAAAGUGCUUACUGCAUUGAGAAAAUUUUGUACACAAUGCGUUCCAUUUGCAUGAAAAGUGUCGACGACGUCUGAAAAAGACACUGUAUAACGACAUGUGUUGCUAAUUAUAUGUCAGGCGAAUUCGGCAUGUACCUACGACGACGACAGACUCAAUUUCAUAACCGAUUCCUAAUUCGUUCCCAAAUGUGAUGUAACUGAUUUAAGUAAGGCUAAGAACUCAUGGCGCGAUUUUCAUCC